AUGAUGCAUCUUAAAAAUGGUGAUCCAGAACCGUUUGUUGAUCCAACUAGAUAUACGUUAUUUGCCUUUCGUUUUUGUCCAUUCUGUGUACGUGUUAAAUUGAUCUUAAGUUUCCAUAAAAUUGACUAUGAUUUAAUUCAAGUCUCACUUAAUGAUAAACCAGAUUGGUUAAUGAAAUAUUCGCCGUUGGGUAAAGUUCCACUACUUAUAAAUCAAGGUGAUAAACUUCUUGAAUCUGAUUUAAUUAUGCGAUUUGUGGAUGAAUUACAUGGAGAAAAAUCUUCAUUGAUGAGCAUAUGUGGUGUAGAGAAAUUUCAAAAUGCGGCUGAAUUAGCUAAAAAGUUUUUCAGUCCUGGAUAUUCUAUAUUAUAUGGAGUGACCGUUAGUGAAUUGGAUGUAGUGAAAUUCCGUGAAGCUUGUUCUGAAUUGGAUAAUUCAAUCAAUAGUAAAUAUUUUGCCGGAGAUCAAUUGAGUUUGGCUGAUUUGAUCCUCUUCCCUAUGAUUGAUUACUUUGAAAUCAUUUUGGGCAUUAUUCAUCAUAUAAAUUAUGAUCAAAUUUAUGAAAUGAAAAUAGAUGAUAAAUUAUAUAAUGAAGCUAAAACAUGGUCAAAUCUACUCAAUUAUUUAAUUACAAUGA